UGUUUUGAUGAAAUAAUGGAGUAUUUCCCAAAAUUUAGCUGGUGCGGGUGAAAAUUCUAAAUUAUUUAAUUUUUGGCACCUUCCAUGUGCACAUAAAACGCAAACAGCGAAAAUAUAACGGGUUUUUGAUGCAAAUAGUAAAAUUCCAGCACAGACCUUGAGUAGAAUACAUAUGCAAUAUAUACACAUUCACAUACAUACACCAACUGAGCAAAGACGACGUCACAACGACGACUAUUCCUGAAGUGCUUGCAGCUGCUGUUGGCCAAAUUAGCACUCACAAGAACAAAAACUUUACCAGUUUUUUAACCUUUAGGAAGGUAGCAUCUACUUAUUUGCAUGAAAAUGGUGAACGUGCCGCCUCCGCCACUGAGUAGUACCCCGCCUCCAAUUGAUUUUGGUGAGGACGAUUUAGAUGACGGUGACGAAUUCUGCGACUUUGACUUAGUCACCGAAACCCACGAAGGCGAGCUCAGCAUAAGAGCGCCGCCACUGCCACGCCUUCAAUCGCACCCGGAGGAGCCUACAUCAGAUGAUAAGACAGCAAUUAUAAACAAUGGGAUAACGACAUCACCUGCUUUUGACGUUGAUCAAAGUAGCAAAACUGCAGCAGAUACUAAUCAAACCGUGCAGGCAUUCAACUUCCAAGUGAAAGGCAGUGACAAAACGCUGCCGUUACCCACAAUUCCCCACGAAUUUGACGAUUUUACGCAACUGGCCCCGACAACGCCACCACCUUUGACUGCUCAAGAACUAGAUGAGGAAGAAGAGGGGGAGCUGAACACGCACGAUCAGCUGCCUUCGUUAAAACUUGACAGCUUAAGCCUCUACUCAAAUGAAAGUAUUUCGGCCUCGUCGACACUCUCCCCGGUAACAGGGGAAGCUUUCGCCGUACCAACGACGCAGCUUCAACCUGAAAAGCAAUUGACCAAAGGGAAUGUCUUUUGUCACCAAGUGACACUGGAAGACGUUUCAGAUGACAGCGAUGAAGAGUGUUCGACAAAGAAACCCAAAGAAUUGUUCAUAAGCGAAGGUGCUGAGGACUUUUUUGCCAUAGAAAUUGUGGGAAUGCCCGCAAUUGAUUGCCCCCAGAUGUCUCAAAUAAACGUAUGUGAUAACAAGGAAAAGGAAACACAUAUAAUAGUGUCUGAAAAAAGGGGCAAUCAGGCUGAAACCUGUGAUAUACCAGAGGACAAUGUAAAACAGUUGGAUGCGUCUAACAUAGCCCCAACUUCAUCAUUAUCCGAUGCACCUACUCAUAUUAAUACGGCUGUUAAUGAAGAAGAUGAAGAUGAUUUUGGCGACUUUACGGACUUCUCUGCUCUAACAGAAAAGUCAGCAAUCGAGCCUGCCAUAACGCUUAAUAAGAAUUCUGAAACACAGUUGCACCAAGCACUCGAUGAUGGCUUCGACGAUUUUCAGGAAUUUGCAAGUCCAGCAAUGCCACCAACUGCGACCAAUGGAGAUGAUAGUGAUGAUUUCGGUGAAUUCUCAGCGACAUCACUUUAUUCAGUUGUCGUACCGCCCGCCGUCAUCGCAGAUGCCUCGAUAAGUGUGCCCCCACCGCCUCCGCCGCCAACAGCACAUUUAAGCAUUAAUGAACGCGUCAAGCCUGUGCUGAAUGCGAUGUUUCCCACUCCAGAGUCUCAUUCUUCAGUACAGAGCAAAAGUCACAUGCCCCUAUCGCAUGUGCAAACCUUACAGUUCAGCUCUAUUGAACAGGCGCAUGCCCUAGACUAUCAAUGGAGUAACUCCGAAAUACGGCACGCUUUGGUGCGUGCACUGGCCAUAGACUCAAGGAAUAUUCUCUUUGGCGAGAAAUGGAAUGCAUCGAUGCCGCGAUUUGCCACCAAUUUAAGCUUUGAUCCUCUGAAGCCGCUUAAGCCUUUGAGUGCCGAUACCGCAAUGCCGACUUUAGACAGUGCAAGUGUUGCGACCACUUCCUCACUCGUUUGGUCACCAACAGCCACAACAAUUGAUGUCACACAAACCAUGGAGGGGUCCGACUCAACCGCAGCACAAUCGCGCAAAACUGAAACGCAGCCUGGCACGUUUUAUGGGCAAAAGUUCGAUGCUGAAGACGUCGAUCCAAUCGGACAGAAUGACAACAGCGCAGACAGCAGUAAACCAAGCGUCACACCUGCAGGCAACGACGACGAUGACGUCGCAGCAGCGCCAACAGCAUUUCCUACUACAACAGCAGGAGCAACGAUAUCGAUUACUCUACCAACAGACAGCGAUGGCCUCCGCCUCGACGGUGGUGAGGAGCAGUAUCAGCUGCAACAACCAGAGCAGCACCAGCAACUUGAUAUGAGAGCCAACCAACCGAACGCACUGCUCAAUGAGAUUGUGACCACCUCCAGCUAUGCGGUGCCACUUAAGGAGACACACAUCUACACGCCCUCUAAGUCGGAUACGGCAGUAGCCAAGACGACAACACUUGCACCUGUUGAUUUUGAUUAUGAGAUCGCCUCGGCGGGCAUUAUUAUUGAUGAGACGGUUGUGAAGAAGGAAUACCGUGAUGUGGAGUACAAGCCGCCGCCCUUUGGCCUUGACUCGCCCAUUAAGUUGAAUGAUGAGGCGUCAGCUUUCGAUAUGUCAGCUGUUAAGCAGUUUCCCUUGGCGUAUUCAGGGUCCAGGACCGAGGAUGAUGACUUCUCCGAUUUUCAGUCAAUGCCAGCGCCCGCGCCACAUCAACUGAAGACCACUACGCCUCGCAAUGGUACGCCCACCUUCGGCGAACAGAUGAUUCUCAGUCCGGCCAUCCUGCUUCCUCAGGCCAUUCCUCUGGCCAAACCCACCAUCGAGUGGGGCGACAGCUCGCUCGCCAGCAUCAAUGCAGAGGAGCUAGCGCGCAUCGAGGAACUGUUUCCGCAAUCACAAGCGUUGCCGACACAACGGCAAGCGCAAGCACCGACUAUAAGCGCGACGGUGGCACAACAUUACGUAGAGGAUGAUGAUUGGUCCGAGUUUGUGUCAGUACCAGUACCGGUGUCGGUACAGCAGCAGCAGCAGCAGCAUAGUAAUAACAACAAUCUUUCUGGUUCGAAGAAACAACAAGGGACACCACAUCGCCAACAAGGAUCCACAACCUCUACUAAAACAGCCAUCAGCAAAGACGAAGAUUGGUCGGACUUUGUGUCCAGUACACCACUAUCUACGCCUCAAUUCAAUUCCGGUGCCUGGCAGAGCGCCAACUUCUACAACAAUCCACUCAGCCUUUACCAAUCACAACAGCAACACCAGCAGCAGCCCACUCACAGCAAUCUGGUGCAUAAAUAUCAAUGCUACAACAAUAACAAUAAUAGUACGAGUAGUAACAGCAGCAACAAUAAUGCGGGAGCGACACCGCAACAAAUCCAUAUAAUGCAUGAUUUUUCCACGGCGCCUGCUCCUACGCCAGUGAUUCCCGCAACCACCUAUCAACAGCAACAUCAUCAGCACCACCAGCAGCAGCAACAACAAUUACAAUUGCAACAGCGUCAACACUUUCAAAUAGGUAAUGCGAAAGUGGCGCCACGAAUCUCUCUCAUUCCCGAUCUUAGUUUUGUGGCGCCCACACUACAAACCAACAAUGCGGGCGCCUUCAGGAAUACCUUGCCCAAGAAUAGUUUUAGUGCCAAGAAAUGACAAAUAUUCAGCAGUGUGAAGCAGUUACGUUCUCAUGGCCAUGGGCAGAGGCAGACGAAAGUCGAUCAGCAGCGACCAAAUUCACUGAAAAAUACCACCGGUCUUGUGGAGGCCAGCGUGUUAACCUAGAGAGUGUUGCUGCCGCAAAUGUGGCUGUGACGCAGUGAUCAGUGAGGGAGAGUGAGGACAGUCAGUAUUAUGAAUCCGUCUAGCAUUAAACAGAGUUGUUAAACAGAAUUGUAAAACAAACUUAACCGACGUAGUGCUGUUGGUGUUGUUGUCGUUCCAGUUAUCAUUAUUGUUAUUGUUGUAUGUAUAUUUGUUUCAGCCAUGAGAAUUGUUAAUAUUGUAAGUCUAAGCUGGUACCAACUCCUAUAUCCCACUUCAUUCUUAGACUAUUUCCAAAUGUACAUUUCCGUCUAUCUUAUCGGUUGCUUUCUCCGUGUACUUAAACUAUUAAUAACCUUCGCAAUAUUCAACCUUUCUGAAUUUGGUGUUGCUGUAGAGACAUUUGAAAUUAAAGCCCCCAUGUAUGUUAGAUCUGUAAA